CCUGCGCGCUCCCCUCCCGGGCGGGUACCGGGGUGCAGCCCGCCGCGGCCCGGCCGGUUCAGAGGGAGGCGCCAACUCGGCGCGGCGCCCCCGACGGAGCGGUAACUGCUACCCAGAAGGCGGGGCAGACGCGGACACGGCCUACGCGGAGCCAGUACAGGCUACUCUGUCAUCUUUGAAGAUGUUAGAUGUGGGAAAAUGGCCAAUUUUUUCCCUUUGUUCUGAGGAAGAGCUGCAGUUAAUUCGUCAAGCUUGUGUCUUUGGCAGUUCCGGCAAUGAAGUUCUAUAUACUACAGUAAACAAUGAGAUUUUUGUGCUUGGCACCAACUGCUGCGGCUGUCUAGGGUUAGGCGAUGUCCAGAGCACCAUUGAACCUCGGAGACUGGAUUCUUUAAGUGGCAAAAAAAUAGCUUGCCUCAGCUAUGGGAGUGGCCCUCAUAUUGUCCUCGCCACAACAGAAGGCGAAGUCUUUACCUGGGGUCAUAAUGCCUAUAGUCAGCUGGGCAAUGGGACGACUAAUCACGGCUUAGUCCCCUGUCACAUCUCCACUAACUUGUCAAACAAACAAGUCACCGAGGUUGCCUGUGGAUCUUUCCACUCUCUGGUGCUAACAUCUGAUGGAGAGGUGUUUGCCUGGGGCUACAACAACUCUGGGCAGGUGGGAUCUGGAUCCACAGCGAACCAGCCGACCCCUCGGAGGGUCGCUGGCUGUCUGCAGAAUAAAGUAGUCGUGAGCAUUGCGUGCGGACAGAUGUGCUCCAUGGCGGUCGUGGACACUGGCGAGGUCUUUGUCUGGGGUUAUAAUGGAAAUGGGCAGCUUGGACUUGGCAGUAGUGGCAACCAGCCAACCCCCUGUAGAAUAUCAGCUUUGCAAGGCAUUCGCGUCCAGCGGGUUGCCUGUGGCUACGCACACACAUUAGUAUUAACGGAUGAAGGCCAGGUGUACGCUUGGGGUGCAAAUUCGUAUGGCCAGUUGGGCACUGGCAAUAAAAGUAACCAGUCCUAUCCUACCCCUGUCACCGUGGAGAAGGACAGAAUCAUCGAGAUUGCCGCCUGUCACUCCGCCCACACCUCUGCUGCCAAGACCCAGGGCGGCCACGUGUACAUGUGGGGCCAGUGCCGGGGCCAGUCGGUCACUCUGCCUCACCUCACCCACUUCUCCUGCACGGACGACGUCUUUGCCUGCUUUGCCACGCCUGCCGUCACAUGGCGCCUCCUCUCCGUGGAGCCCGACGACCACCUCACCGUGGCUGAGUCACUGAAGAGGGAGUUUGACAACCCUGACACUGCAGACCUGAAGUUUUUAGUAGAUGGAAAGUUCAUUUACGCACACAAAGUUCUUCUCAAAAUUAGGUGUGAGCAUUUUCGUUCUUCAUUGGAAGACAGUGAGGAUGAGAUUGUUGAAAUGAGUGACUUUUCAUACCCAGUGUACCGGGCCUUCCUGGAAUACCUGUACACUGACAGCAUCAGCCUGGCCCCCGAGGAGGCCGUAGGAUUGCUAGAUUUGGCUACAUUUUAUAGAGAAAAUCGUUUGAAAAAGCUCUGCCAACAAACCAUCAAGCAAGGAAUCUGUGAGGAGAAUGCCAUCGCUCUGCUCUCGGCAGCUGUGAAGUACGACGCACAGGACUUGGAAGAAUUCUGCUUCAGAUUUUGCAUAAACCAUCUGACUGUAGUAACACAGACUUCAGGUUUUGCAGAAAUGGACCAUGACCUUCUGAAGAACUUUAUCAGUAAAGCAAGUCGAGUUGGAGCUUUUAAAAACUGA